AUGGAAACACUUCUCAUGAAAUUUGUGGAAAGAGUGCUUUAUGUUUGGGACUCCUCUGAUAUAAAAGAAUUCGUUAUUGAUUUCGAUGUGAAAUGUGAUGCAUCUCGUGUCAAGUCAUGGAUCACUGCUGCAAUAGUGAAUAUCACAGAUGUUACAUUUCCGGAUGGUUACACAACCCGGCCAGCAGCUUUUUCUGGUCUGCCAGUCCUUGAGAUGUUGUGUUUAGAAAAAUGCAAAUGGGGUUGUCUCAAAGUUUUGAGUAUUUCUGCCCCUAAGCUUUCUUCUCUAACCAUAAUCGAAGAUGAUAUGCAGAAUCCGACUGAUUCUGAUUGUUGUCAGAAAUUGAUGUUAGUUACUCUGAUGAGAGAGCAAGACAAGUUGCUUACCGGCCGCAUGUUUAAGGUACUUACAGGGCUCCCUAAUGUAAAAGACCUAGAACUACAAGGUUCUGGUAUUGAGGUUCUCACAUAUGCAGCAGAACUCCUACCUAAUAUGCCUAUUUUCAAUAACCUGAUGUAUUUGGAACUGGCGUCAUUAAGUUUAGAUUGUGCAGCAGUAUUGAAGAUAUUGCAAAAUUCUCCCUGCCUUAGAACUUUGAAUUUUAUUGAGAUCGACUGUGAGAACGAUGAUAUAAUACUGGAUCCAGUGCCUCCAUGUUUCUUUUCAGACCACGAGAGCAUUGAAGUAAUUAGAUCUUCUGGAGAUAAGGAAGAGCUUUCUGUGUUAAAGAUUUUGCUAAAAAAUGCAGUGGCCUAUAGCCUUUUUAUUGAUGUUCCCGUACCUGACACAGUAUUUGGUGUAUCAGGUGAACCAUCUGAGUAA